AUGGCUUUAGUUUUUAGAACUGUGGCACAAUUAGUUGGACUUCUAUUAUCCUUUCUAGGAUGGAUUUUAUCCUGUCUCACAACUUACUUGCCACAGUGGAAGAAUCUCAAUUUACAACUAAAUGAAAUGGAGAACUGGACCAUGGGACUCUGGAAGACUUGUGUUAUUCAAGAGCAAGUGGGGAUGCAGUGUAAGGAUUUUGAUUCAUUCUUGGCUUUGCCUGCUGAGCUGAGGAUCUCCAGGGUUUUAAUGUUCUUAUCAAAUGGGUUUGGCGUUCUGGGCCUGCUGACAUCUGGGUUUGGUUUGGAUUAUUUGAGGAUUGGAGGAAGGCAAAGGGAGCUCAAGAAAUGGCUGAUGAUCCUGGGAGGAAUUCUGCUGUGGCUGUCAGGAAUUACAGCCCUCAUCCCAGUGUCUUGGGUUGCCCAUACCACAGUUCAGGAAUUUUGGGAUAAGACCAUUCCAGAUGUUGUCCCCAGAUGGGAGUUUGGAAAAGCUCUCUUUGUUGGCUGGUUUGCUGGAUUUUUCCUUGUUAUUGGAGGGUCUUUAUUUAAUUGUGCAGCCUGUUCUACUCAAGCAUCUCCAUCCUUCAAUCAUUAUACAGUGGCAGAAAUUCAAGAUCCAUGGCAAAAUCUGGAGAUGAAAAAUACCCCUCUGAAAAUCUAAGA